AUGUCGCUCUUUGGCACCUCGCCGCCUGGCGGCUCGCCCGGCGGCGGCGCACAGUCGAGCCACUUCGCCAACAGCAGGCCGUCCCUGUUCGAGGACGAGCCGCCCAUGACGCGCUCAAGCACCUCGGCGCUUUUCGCCGACGACGACGGCGGCGCCGGCGGCUCCGACUCGCCCUGGGCCAUGCCGACGCCGCGCAAGCAGAAGAGCCCCGCCGACCUCAUCCGCAGCCUGCUCCCCGCCUCCGACGUGCCGGAGAGCUACGUCGAGGCCUUCGACGCCGUCGCCCGCGAUCACGGCAGCGGCGGCCGCAUCACCCUCGGCGGAGUGGCGAGGACGCUCGCUGCCGCCAAGCUCGGUGCCGAUGCGCAGGCGCGCAUCAUGGGCAUCGUUGCGCCCGGCGGUGGUGGUGGUGGUGGCGGCGGCGGCGAUGAGGAGACGCUGCUGGACAGGAACCAAUUCAAUGUGCUGUUGGCCUUGAUUGGCUUGGCGCAGGAAGGGGAGGCGGUGAGUCUCGAUGGGGUAGAUGAGCGACGCCGAAAUCUGCCCCAGCCCGAGCUGCACGGCAUCAUCGAGAGAGCGCCGGCCGUGCCGCACCUCGAGCAGCUCGCCGCGAAACCCCCGCAGCGACCCGUCACUCCCCCGAAACCCGACCCACCUUCUCCAAGACGACACCGCACUCUCAGGAAGCCGUCGAUGGACUAUCCGGAGGACCCGUGGAACACGCCUGACGUGCACAAGAACCACAACCAUCCUCCCGGGCCACCGCGGCCCAAUGGUGUCGAAGCGCCGGCUCCGGCCGAGCCCACGAACGGGAAUAAUGCCUACGGAACCAGCCCGCAGUCGUCAACGCUACCCCGCCAAACAACUUCGGAUUACACCACCAGCGCGCCGCCAUCAGGCGCUGGUUCAGUAGUGGAGAGCGCCAGCGCAUGGGGCGGCUUCUUCGACAACAAUGCACGUUCCGCCGCCGGCGCUUUCCAUGAACAACCAGCUCCGAACGCGGUGGCAGCGCCUUUCGGCGGGAUCGGCGACAGCGGCCCCGCGCGGGGUCCAGGCGCUGUCCACCCGCCCGCGCCGGCAGCACCGCCCAACAGGACCAUUGGCGGUGGGCGGGCCGGGGCGCCGGUGGAGGAGACUGUUGUGGUCACGUUGAUGCCGGAAAAGGAGGGCAUGUUCCUGUUCCAACACCACAAUUACGAGGUCACCAGUUCGAGGAGGGGAAGCAAGGUCAUUCGGCGCUACAGCGACUUUGUCUGGCUGCUCGAUUGCUUGCACAAGCGGUACCCGUUCAGGGUCCUGCCGCUGCUGCCGCCCAAGAGAGUCGCCGUGAACGGCAACCAUCUGUCCAACGACGGCGCCUUUAUCGAGAAGCGGCGGCGCGGUCUGGCCAGGUUUCUCAAUGCGCUUGUUCGGCAUCCCGUGCUCAGUCAGGAACAGCUGGUCGUCAUGUUCCUGACUGUACCAACUGAACUUGCCGUGUGGCGCAAGCAAGCGACCUUCUCCGUCCAGGACGAGUUCACCGGCCGGCCGCUGCCCCCGGGUCUCGAGGACUCGCUCCCACCCUCCCUCGAAGAGCUCUUCAGCCGCACGCGGGCCGGCGUCAAGCGCAGCGCCGAGCUGUACAUCACGAUCUGCAACGUGAUGGACCGGCUGGUCAAGCGGUCCGAGGGGGUGGCGGCGGACCACGCGCGGAUCGCGCUCUCGCUCAUCUCGCUGACCGAGGCGAGCGCGGACACGUACGCGACCGACACCAACGACGUGCCGCUGCUCAACGACGGGCUGCAGGCCAUGAGCCGGCACCUGCGGACGGCGCAGAGCCUGAUGGAGGACGAGGCGCGCGCCUGGGACGAGGGCGUGCUGGAGGACCUCAAGCGCCAGCGCGACGCGCUCGUCAGCCUGCGCGACCUCUUCGACCGCCGCGAGCGGCUCGACCGCGACAACAUCCCCGCUCUCGAGAAGCGCAUCGCCGCCAACGAGGCCAAGCUCGCCUCCUUGCGGGCCAAGCCCGAGGGGAUGGUGAAGCCGGGCGAGAUCGAGAAGGUCGUCGAGGCGAUCAUCAAGGACAAGGAGUCGAUCGUCAACCAGCACAACCGGUCCGUCUUCGUGCGCGAGUGCCUGCGUGAUGAGCUCAUCUACUUCCAGCACACGCAGUACAGCGUCUCGCGCUGGAACCAGGACUGGGCGCAGGAGCGCGUCAAGUACGCCGAGAUGCUGGCCGACAACUGGCGCCGCCUGCUGGACGGGCUCGAGGGGAUGCCGCUUGGGGAGUAAUAGCUAUCGAGCUGGCGGUCGUCUUGUUUUUGUUGUCUGACGAGGGGGCCGAGGGUCCUCGUUUAUGAUGAUACCGCGUACCGCAUCAGUUUGCAUCAUCGGCAGGCUGUUCUUCAUUUUUUUUUUCUUCUACUCUUUUCCAUUGUCUGCUCAGAUGAUGUUGCCCUUGGCAUGCAAGCCCGAGGGGCAUGCCGUAUACAACAGACCUAGGUAGCAGGGGGUGCUCGAGGCUGAGAAGAAGAUACCCGGUGUUAAAGAUUCAUCCGCUUCGC